AUGGCGACGGACCUCCGCCGUUCGGCCAAUAUCUUCAAUCUCCCUUGGGCAUCAGGCUGGCCCGACAACUAUCCAUUCAAAGCGACGACACUGAAGGUCCAACGAGUUCUAACAGCAAUUGAAAUCGACCAUCCCAAUCACUAUCCUGAAGUCAUUAGCGCACUGUACCACGCCUUUUGGGUAGAAAAGAAAGGCGUGCAGCUGCCAGAAGUCCAUUAUCCGAUCAUAGCAUGCAUUCUAGGGGAGGAGAGUGCCACAAAGAUCCUGGAGCGCAGCUCAUCCGAUGAAAUAAAAGCACUACUCAAGCAAAAUACCGAACACGCUAUUGCGAGCGGGUGUCCAGGCCUGCCGUGGGUUAUGGUGACCAACACUGAUGGAAAGGAUGAAGGAUAUUUUGGCUUCGAUCACCUGAGCCAGGUCGCGCAUUUUCUUGGACUUGGUAUGUCGAUCGGUCCCAAUCUGUGA